UGUAGGUGUAAGUGGAGAUGUGAGUUAGACACUGGAUAUAUCUAUAUAGUAGACGGUCCUGAGGAUUGUACCUGACAAUUUAGAAAAAGAAAACUUGAUAAUAGUGGUUGAUGGAAACCAUGAACAGAAGGAUAGUGGUCCUGCUGCUGGCUGUUCUUUUGAAAUUAUGCGCUGGAUGUGAGAAUGGAGGCAUACCACAGCAGACAGAGGGAGGAGAAGAUGUGAUGUGUGGGCGAGGGAUGCCUGCCUGUGGAGGUGGGUUCAGAUGUGAAAGUAAUACAUGCUGUCCAGUUCCCAUGCUGGCAGUUUCAGCUGGAUGUGAGAAUGGAGGCAUACCAGAGCAGACAGAGGGAGGAGGAAAAGAUGUGAUGUGUGGGCGAGGGUUGCCUGCCUGUGGGGGCGGAUUCAGAUGUGAGGGCACUUUAUGCUGCCCUGUACCAUUUCAGAUAUCUGGUUGUGAGAGUGGAGGCAUACCACAGCAGAUAGAGGGGGGAGGAGAAGAUGUGACAUGUGAUGCAGUGAUGCCUGCCUGUGGGGGCGGAUUCAGAUGUGAGGGCACUUUAUGCUGUCCUGUACCCAUGCAGACAGAUGUGUGCCCUAACAACGGUCUGGCUGAGAUGAAGGAUGGCUAUAUGGCGGCAUGUAUCACAGAUGAAGAAUGUAGUGGAGCUUUUCAUUGUGAGGGGGAGCUUGGCCUCUGCUGUCCUGUCAGAUUAUUUGCUCCAGGUCCAUGUCCAGAUGGGGGAAUGGAAGAAGCUAUGGAUGGUCAGUCAAAGAGGUGUGGUAGACAGGAAGGUCAGGAGGAUAUUACCUGUUCCUCCGGCUACAUAUGUAACGAAGCUCAAUACUGUUGUCCCACCAAACUAUACACAGGUGCUUGUCCUAAUGGUGGAAUGGUUGUUAUGACUGAAUAUGGUCUACCUCGCAUCUGUAGUGAGUCAAGCACUUGUAGCAGUAACAAUGGGAUGUUCUCCUGCCAGGGAGGCUACUGCUGUCCAGACAAGGUCACGUUUGAAGGUCCAUGUCCCAAUGGAGGAAUGGCAGCACAGAUGGAUGGCCGAGAUAAACAGUGUGAUAGUAAUGUAGACUGUGGGAGAGGAAGCUACAGGUGUACCAACAACUAUUGUUGUCCAAUUCCUGUACGAUCUGGGAUGUGUCCAUUUGAUGGAAUCCCCGAGGUGAUGGAGACAGGAGAACCUCGUAUGUGUAACAUGACCUCUCCCUGUAUGUCAAGGUCACACCAAUGUGAGGAAGGGUACUGCUGUCCCCAGAGAGUCUCCACUGAUGGUGUAUGUCCAGGUGACGCCCGACCAGAACUGAUGGAUGGGGUGGUAAGGACGUGUCGCGACAAUGAAGGGUGUAUGGGAGGAUACAGCUGUCAAAAUGGCCACUGUUGUCCUGCCAGGAUCUUUACAGGUGUUUGUGCCAACGGAGGAAAUGCAUCCAUGUAUGAUGGUAAACUGGUGAUGUGUUCGUUGGAGAAUCCAUGUAACCAAUCAGGAUAUACAUGUAAUAGAGCUGGUUACUGUUGUCCAACCAGAGUGUACCAAGACUAUUGUCCUAAUGGUGGGAAGCCAGCAUACCAUGAUGGUCGUCCCCAAACCUGUCAUGCUAACAAACCAUGUAAUGGAGGGCUGUACAACUGUGAUGGUGGCUACUGUUGUCCUCAGAGUGUUGUCUUUAAUGGUCCAUGUCCUGAUGGAGGGAUGGCAGCACAGAUGGAUGGCCGAGAUAAACAGUGUGAUAGUAAUGUAGACUGUGGGAGAGGAAGCUACAGGUGUACCAACAACUAUUGUUGUCCAAUUCCUGUACGAUCUGGGAUGUGUCCAUUUAAUGGAAUCCCGGAGAUGAUGGAGACAGGAGAACCUCGUAUGUGUAACACGACCUCUCCCUGUAUGUUAAGGUCAAACCAAUGUGAGGAAGGGUACUGCUGUCCCCGGAGAGUCUCCACUGAUGGUGUAUGUCCAGGUGAUGCCAGGCCAGAACUGAUGGAUGGAGUGGUAAGGAGUUGUCUCAAGACCAACAGGUGUGGAGGAGGUUACAGCUGUCAAAAUGGCCACUGUUGUCCCGCCAGGGUCUUUACAGGUGUUUGUGCCAACGGUGGAAAUGCAUCCAUGUAUGAUGGUAAACUGGUCAUGUGUUCGUUGGAGAAUCCAUGUAACCAAUCAGGAUAUACAUGUAAUAGAGCUGGUUACUGUUGUCCAACCAGAGUGUACCAAGACUAUUGUCCUAAUGGUGGGAAGCCAGCAUACCAUGAUGGUCGUCCCCAAACCUGUCAUGCUAACAAACCAUGUAAUGGAGGGCUGUACAACUGUGAUGGUGGCUACUGUUGUCCUCAGAGUGUUGUCUUUAAUGGUCCAUGUCCCAAUGGAGGAAUGGCAGCACAGAUGGAUGGCCGAGAUAAACAGUGUGAUAGUAAUGUAGACUGUGGGAGAGGAAGCUACAGGUGUACCAACAACUAUUGUUGUCCAAUUCCUGUACGAUCUGGGGUGUGUCCAUUUGAUGGAAUCCCAGAGAUGAUGGAGACAGGAGAACCUCGUAUGUGUAACAUGACCUCUCCCUGUAUGUCAAGGUCACACCAAUGUGAGGAAGGGUACUGCUGUCCCCGGAGAGUCUCCACUGAUGGUGUAUGUCCAGGUGACGCCCUACCAGAACUGAUGGAUGGAGUGGUAAGGAGUUGUCUCAAGACCAACAGGUGUGGGGGAGGAUACAACUGUCAAAAUGGCCACUGUUGUCCUGCCAGGGUCUUUACAGGUGUUUGUGCCAACGGAGGAAAUGCAUCCAUGUAUGAUGGUAAACUGGUCAUGUGUUCGAUGGAGAAUCCCUGUAACCAAUCAGGAUAUACAUGUAAUAGAGCUGGUUACUGUUGUCCAACCAGAGUGUACCAAAACUAUUGUCCUAAUGGUGGGAAGCCAGCAUACCAUGAUGGUCGUCCCCAAACCUGUCAUGCUAACAAACCAUGUGAUGGAGGGCUGUACAACUGUGAUGGUGGCUACUGCUGUCCUCAGAGUGUUGUCUUUAAUGGUCCAUGUCCUAAUGGAGGGAUGGCAGCACAGAUGGAUGGCCGAGAUAAACAGUGUGAUAGUAAUGUAGACUGUGGGAGAGGAAGCUACAGGUGUACCAACAACUAUUGUUGUCCAAUUCCUGUACAAUCUGGGAUGUGUCCAUUUGAUGGAAUCCCCGAGGUGAUGGAGACAGGAGAACCUCGUAUGUGUAACAUGACCUCUCCCUGUAUGUCAAGGUCACACAAAUGUGAGGAAGGGUACUGCUGUCCCCGGAGAGUCUCCACUGAUGGUGUAUGUCCAGGUGAUGCCCGACCAGAACUGAUGGAUGGGGUGGUAAGGAGUUGUCUCAAGACCAACAGGUGUGGGGGAGGAUACAGCUGUCAAAAUGGCCACUGUUGUCCUGCCAGGGUCUUUACAGGUGUUUGUGCCAACGGAGGAAAUGCAUCCAUGUAUGAUGGUCAACUGGUGAUGUGUUCGUUGGAGAAUCCCUGUAACCAAUCAGGAUAUACAUGUAAUAGAGCUGGUUACUGUUGUCCAACCAGAGUGUACCAAGACUAUUGUCCUAAUGGUGGGAAGCCAGCAUACCAUGAUGGUCGUCCCCAAACCUGUCAUGCUAACAAACCAUGUAAUGGAGGGCUGUACAACUGUGAUGGUGGCUACUGUUGUCCUCAGAGUGUUGUCUUUUAUGGUCCAUGUCCCAAUGGAGGAAUGGCAGCACAGAUGGAUGGCCGAGAUAAACAGUGUGAUAGUAAUGUAGACUGUGGGAGAGGAAGCUACAGGUGUACCAACAACUAUUGUUGUCCAAUUCCUGUACGAUCUGGGAUGUGUCCAUUUGAUGGAAUCCCCGAGAUGAUGGAGACAGGAGAACCUCGUAUGUGUAACACGACCUCUCCCUGUAUGUCAAGGUCACACCAAUGUGAGGAAGGGUACUGCUGUCCCCGGAGAGUCUCCACUGAUGGUGUAUGUCCAGGUGAUGCCCGACCAGAACUGAUGGAUGGAGUGGUAAGGAGAUGUCUCAAGACCAACAGGUGUGGCGGAGGAUACAACUGUCAAAAUGGCCACUGUUGUCCUGCCAGGGUCUUUACAGGUGUUUGUGCCAACGGUGGAAAUGCAUCCAUGUAUGAUGGUAAACUGGUCAUGUGUUCGUUGGAGAAUCCAUGUAACCAAUCAGGAUAUACAUGUAAUAGAGCUGGUUACUGUUGUCCAACCAGAGUGUACCAAGACUAUUGUCCUAAUGGUGGGAAGCCAGCAUACCAUGAUGGUCGUCCCCAAACCUGUCAUGCUAACAAACCAUGUAAUGGAGGGCUGUACAACUGUGACGGUGGCUACUGUUGUCCUCAGAAAGUUGUCUUUAAUGGUUUCUGUCCCUAUGGGGGUAUUGCUGAGAAGAUGGACAAGAAAGACCGCGUGUGUGACAGCAGUGUUACCAAUGGUGGGUGUGGUCAAACCUUUAACUGUACGAACACAGUCUGCUGCCCACGUAUUAUCCAGGAUCACAUGUCCUACUGUCCGUUCGGUGGAAUGGUGGAGACGAAGGCUGGACAGCCCAGAACAUGUAUUGCGAGCCUCCAGGACCCUCAGUGUCAGCCAAAAUCACACAGCUGUGUGGAGGGAUACUGCUGCCCUAAGAAGGUCAACCUUCGAGGUAGUUGUCCGGGAAGGGUUUUACCUGAAAUGGAAGGAGAUGUGCCCAAAAGGUGUGAGGAAACUUCUACCACCAACGAUUGCAGUUCUGAUUCUGUUUGCAUGAACAACAUCUGUUGUCCUACACCGACAGUUCCACCUGGUCAGUGUCCCACUUUGCCUACUGGUGCAAUUGGAACAUGUGUUGAGGCUUGCUCAGAUGACACUGGCUGUUCAGGAAUCCAGAAGUGUUGCUCUAAUGGCUGUGGACACACCUGUCAGACCCCAGUUUUUCCAGUAAAGCCAGGUGUGUGUCCCACUGUGUCUCCUACUACAGCUGGGACGUGUGUUGAGGCUUGCUCAAAUGACACUGCCUGUCCAAGAAACACAAAGUGUUGUUCUAACGGCUGUGGACACACCUGUCAGAAUCCAGAGUACAAGCACAGUCCAUGUGGUAAAGACCGUCCCCUUCAGGCUAAGAACGGCACUACUCUGUAUUGUGGUAAGGGGGGACAAACCUGUCCCAGCGAAUCUGACUGUAAAAUAGGAGCCGCUGACGAGUAUGCAGUCUGUUGUCCUUCUGUAUAUUAUGAAGAGAAGCAGAAGUGUGCCAACUACCACGGUGGGUACCCCAUGCAUAUGCGUAAUGGCACUCGAUAUGACUGCAGCAACGGGAAGGACUGCCCCUACCAUGGCCGAUGUAUGACCGAUGAGAAUGGGACCUAUGCUGUCUGUUGUGGAUAUGUUGGUGAUGGUGACAAACCAUGUAACUAUUUCCGAGGUGGAGAAGAAAGGAAAUACCAGAAUGGCACUUCCUUAUUCUGUGGCCGUGGCAACCACAGAGUCACAUGUCCUUCAGACACUGCGUGCACCGUCCAUCCUGGAGAUGGUUUCGCUGUGUGUUGCCCAAAGAAUGCAACGAAGCCAGGCACAUGUCCAGCAUCAGCUGAUGUGACCACAGAAACUAAUGGAGACACAUGUGCAGAUGUCUGUACUGCGGACACCGACUGUGACGGAAAUAUGAAAUGUUGUUCUCGAGGAUGUGGCCACUCCUGUCAGAAACCAGUGAUGAAAAGACCAAAGACAGUUUGUCAGAUGAAACAGGCCAAGGAUGUGAUGGAUCUCCAGACAGAGGGAGAUGUUUGUGCAGGCGUAUUCAUCACAAGAUGUGAUCGUAACGGUAAUUACAGCCGUACCCAGUGCCAGGACAACACAGGUGUGUGCUGGUGUGUCUCCCGUAACGGUACAGAGAUCUCUGGUACCAGGAGGAUAGGACGACCCCAGUGUAAUAAAGCUACCCGGCCUGGCCAGUGUCCUGUUAUGGUCGAGCUAGGAGAGAAUGAUCCCACACCCAUGUGUACAGGUCCCUGUGUCUCUGAUGACAACUGUACAGCAGGGCGUCGCUGCUGUGAAAAAGCUGGAUGUGGACCAUCAUGUCUGGCUGUUAGGACUAAUCCGGUGCCUGAAUUGUGCCCGUCCAGUGUGAAGCCUAUGUGCUGUGACUUCCUGCAGUGUGUGGACCAUGUGUGCCCCGCCCAUCCAAAAGCCAAAUGUCGAGUCAACCCCUGUGCAGGCUGUCGGGCAGAGUUUUAUGACAAAUACAGUAACAAAGUCAACUGUACAGAAGGUAUGACCCCAUGCCAGUUACAAAAGAUGAGAGCUGACAUAAGGAAAAGCAACGCAACACGCAGAGAACGCAUCAAAAGGUACCUUGACAUGAUCAAGCAGGAACAGGAAGAAAAUGAAAGGCAGGACAGAGGGACUACACGACCUGAGGACACAGUACCCAUGAUAGAGGAGACAGACAAGAAGGAUGCCGUGUGUAGACAGCCCAUGGAGAAGGGCCCGUGUGAGGCCUACAUCUACAGGUACUACUACAACCACACUCUAGGCUCGUGUGUCCAGUUCAAGUACGGAGGCUGUGAUGGUAACAAGAACAACUUUGAAGAUGAAGAUACUUGCAAUAAGACAUGCCAAUUCUACAAAGGUAAAAACCAAUCCAUAGACGUACCUCCAUUCUGCGUACCAAAACCUAAAGUGGGUGAUUGCAAGGCCCUAAUUCCCAAGUACUUCUACAACACCAUCACAGAGAAGUGUGAGAUGUUCUACUGGGGAGGGUGUGGACAGGACCACACAAACAUCUUUGACACAGAGGACAGGUGUAUGAAAAAAUGUGCUCCAGUUGAUAUUUGUCAAAUCAGGAACUGUGGGCCAGAGUAUGUAUGCCAGCCUAAGGGUAAAGGAGAUGCUGACUGUAUUCCCAAAGAUCAGGUGUCAUCUGGAUUCCAGCCGUAUGUACCCCGCUGUGAAAAGGAUGGUUCUUACUCUCCCCAGCAAUGUAGUGGCGACACCUGCUGGUGUGUGAACAAUAUGGGUCGCCCCGACAACAACACAAUCUCUGUGGGAGAUGCCAACUGUACAGGUUCUAGCACUGGAGGGCAGAGACCUACUAUAGUGUGUCCAGACCAAACUCGACCAAUGAUUUGUGCAAACAAGUGUCAUAAUAAGACAUGUGGUAACCGCACUGAUGUCCAGUGUCUGACCAAUCCCUGUAAGGGUUGUCAGGUCAAGUUUGUGGAUCAGGCCAACAAUGAAGUGAAUUGUAAUGUUAAUCCUUGUGACAUGAAGGAGCCAAAGAUGAUGACCAGGCCAGCUGGUGGCUGCCUCAAUGCAGCACGCAGAUGGUUCUUCAAGAAGAGUACACAGAAGUGUGAGGUCUUCAAGUACUCUAAGAACUGCUAUGGGAGAGACACCUACUUCAAGUCCCUUCUGGACUGCCAGAACAAAUGUCAAGGGUCCCCAUGUGGUGAGACUGGUGUGGUGAAGACCUGUGCAAAUAAGUGUGCCAGCAUGACCUGUAAAUAUCACCCGCAUGCCUCAUGUAAAGUCAACCCAUGUAACUGUGAGGCACACUUCUUUGACCCUGUCAGCCUGGAGGUCGUCAACUGCUCAAAGUUGAUCACUCAGUGUCAGAAGAAUCGCACCAAGGCAUUCGCCAUGUACAAUGAGAUGGUUGCUGCUGGUACAGCCGACGCAAAUGUCACCUUACCUCAAUGUAAAGAGGAUGGACGCUUCUCCAGCCAACAGUGUAACGAGACUAGCUCGGUGUGCUGGUGUGUCAAUGGGGCAGGCCAAGAGGUCAAAGGAACCAGGGUUAGGGUCAGCUCCUCUAGCCUAGACGUUGGUUGUAAGGACAACAAUGUAACUAAGGCGAUGGUUCAGCUCAGAUUUAACUCCGACUACCAACGGGUCAGAGGCAAGGAAGCUGCUUUUAUCAUAGUCGUUAAGGUAGCACUAGGACCAGUCUUAGCCAAUGAAGUGGAGAAAAUUCAGGUGAGUGAGGGUAGCAUUGUGGUGGACAUGACUGUGAAUGGAGAAGCUGAUCCUACUGUUGUAGCAGCACAAAUCGAGGAAAAUGUGGUGAAUGGGGACCUGCAGGUGGUGUUUGAGGGGCAGACACUGACGGCUGACCCAUCCAGUGUGCAGACAGAACUGGUGUUCCAGGCUCAGACCGGGUACAUCCCAGUCGAACAUGAGGAAGAUCUUGACAAAGCAACUGUCGUUGCUCUUAUCGUCAUCGUCGUUGUGCUUUCUGCCAUAUUGAUCAUCAUCGCUUUAGUCUUUCUUUGGAAGAGGAAAUCCCAAGAAAAGAAUGAAUUUUCUAGUUUAGAGAAGUCUCAGGUACAGGGCCACAGCAAUGCUGCAUACGAUCAGGUAUACGAAAAACAGUGAGUGUCCAGGACCGUGUACACAGGUUACCCAUAACCGUGCCUCUAUCACCCAGACAACAGUAUCAAAUCAGAGACACUGCAAAUUUGUGAUCACAUAUUUUGUAUAGACAUAUAGUAUACUUAAACUUAAGAUAUCUGGUUAAUUUGCUGUAAGGUCUUGAGUAGUUCAGACAAAGGGUAAGGAAAUCAUUGCUAUUGUUAUAUUUUCACUGGUGUACCAUACAGAUAUACCUCCAACUGAACGGUCAGGGAGAUAGUUCUCUAGUGUACUAGGUAUACCUCUGGCAGAAGGGUCAGGGAGAUAGUUCUCUAGUGUACUAGGUUUACCUCUGGCAGAAGGGUCAGGGACAUAGUUCUCUAGUGUACUAGGUUUACCUCUGACAGAAGGGUCAGGGAGAUAGUUCUCUAGUGUACUAGGUUUACCUCUGACUAAAGGGUCAGGGACAUAGUUCUCUAGUGUACUAGUACCUUGGCAAGAUUAAUGAAUACAUAUACAGCUUUGGAUAACUGUCCUUCUCUCUUGACCAGCUUGGGAGGAGAAAGUGGACCUAUAAAGUUGUUCUACUAUUGAUACUGUAUCUGGCAUUGGAUUGAAGAUUAAUGCAUAGAGGGGACAUGUAGAAUCUAUCUCUUCUGUGUGAUGUUGACAGAGAAAUAUCAACACAAAUGUAAGAUUUUUGAAGUUGAAACUUCACUAACCUUUUUUCUAAGAGUUGAUUUUCUCUGCAUCACACAGGAGUGAUUUAUUAUUUUUCCACACACCUUCCUCCGUAAAAAUAUGAUGUCAAAGUAAACCCAAUUGAACCUGCCAUCACAAAGAGCACACGGAGCGUGCGACAAAAAUGAUGACGGUGACAGGUAAAGACAUGUAUAUCUUUUCCCUAACAAAACGGGGAAUGUACCUGUUAAAUGUGGGGGGGGGGGAAGACGUGCACAAAUAGCCUCCUUUGUCUGAAGUCUACUCAAUGACAUAGCUGUCCACAAAUACAUGUAUCACUCUCACAUCACCGAUUCCCCUAUACUCAGCACACUAUUUGCUUUGGAGAUUAAUAUUUUUAUAUCAUUUAAACAAGAAUUUAUGGCAAUAUGAAACAUAUUUUGACAACUUUAUGAGUAUCUAUUUGUCUUAUUAACAGGAUUUAUAUUUGUAUAUAGCUUUGGGCAUUCAUUUCUCAAGAAUUUGUUGCCUAAAUAACUUGAUCUUCUAAGGGUUUGCUGGCCAAAUAGAUGCUGUUUUACUUAUGUAGGUUUGUUGUUCAAAACAUGUUACAUGGACCUUUAUAUCAAGGAUAAUGUUAUAUACCAGGUAUCUCUAUAACACUCAACCACCUACAAAACUGAUAAAGGAAUCUUGCCAGGUUUUGUACUAAUUUUCAAAAAUCUAUUAUGUGUUUUAUACCAUAUUUAUAUCACAUUUGUAUAGUAAAGCAUACUUCUUGGUAACGCACUUGUCAAUUCCACUUUCAGGUGAUGCUAAACAAAAUUAGACUUUGUUGUUAAGUUUUGACGUGUGGUAGAGGUAUUUGAUUUGAGUGAGACUCCGUCACUGUAGUGUACCUGUUCCAUUAUAGGCGAUGGUACACUAAGUGUAGGAGAUCUGUGAGUAUGUGUAUCCUCUACCCAAUUCUCUACAUAAUAUAUCUCUUUAUAUAGACGUCUUCAUUACACCUAGGGAUCACUACUACAACACUUUUAAGAUAUCAUAUCCAUUCAUCAGUUUUGUUCUGUGAUAUAACAGGAGAUAUAUAGUUAUUGGUACUGUCAUCAGUUUUGUUCUCUGAUAUAACAGGAGAUAUAUAGUUAUCGGUACUGUCAUCAGUUUUGUUCUCUGAUAUAACAGGAGAUCUAUAGUUCACGGUACUGUCAUCAGUUUAGUUCUCUGAUAUAACAGGAGAGCUAUAGUUAACGGUAC